CCGGAUGUUAAACUUGAUGACGUGGUGCCGGGACGACGAUGGCUGACCAGAGCAGGCAAAUUAAACUCGCCGCAGCAAAGAAAAAGCUGAAAGAGUUUCAGCAAAAGAGCACACUGCCCCCAGUCAACACUGGACCGAAGAAGAAGAGGAAGGUGAAAGGAGGGGGUCAGGGAGAAACCCAGACCUCGGACAGACACUCACCAGAACACAUUGGGAAUAUUCUCAAAGUUAUGGUGUCUGAUCUUAGUCUGACUAACGGAGUAGCUCUUCCUCCUUUGCUCAACAGCCAGGACCAUGGCGAACUGGGGGCGCGGGAGUCCCCGAUUUCUCAGCUGCAGGAGGAUGCAGGAGAACCCGAUCGCUGCUCUCCUGUUCCUAACCUCCCCGCUGCUACUAACACGGAGUGCGUCACUGACAGCACUGACCCGCAGCAGAACUACGAACUGGAUACCAAUGGUGAUGAGGACUCCCUGGAGGAAAACAGGCCGCUGACGUCCACAGAGAGUUUAAGGCAGCUCUCUCAGCAGCUCAAUGGCCUCCUGGCUGAGUCACCGUCGUCAUAUGUUAAUGGUGAGACUGGAUCAUCGCCUGUCAGUGAAAGAGACCUGGAGAAUCGAAACCAGGAGCUGGCAGCCGCGCUGGACUCCAGCACCCUAAAAAACUCCCAGCUCACUGCAAAGAUAGAGACACUGACGAAGCAGUCUCAGGAGCUGUCUGAGCAGAUGCAGAAGGAGCGGAAAGAUUUCGAACAGAGGUUCGCUAAGGAACAAGGGGCUAUGCGUGAACAGCUGCAGGUUCACAUCCAGACGAUCGGCAUUCUGGUGUCCGAGAAGUCUGAACUGCAGACCGCCUUGUCGUUUACACAGCAAGCAGCACGCCAAAAGACAGAAGAGGCAGAGGAACUGAAUAAUCGGCUGCACGCCAGCAAGCAGAGGGUGUCCGAGCUGGAGCGGACUUUAUCCACGGUGUCCACGCAGCAGAAACAGUUUGAGAAGCAUAAUAAAGAACUGGAGAAGGACAGGGACAGCCUGAGACUGGAAAUCUUCAGGUUAAAUAACAUGAAUGAUGAGAUGAAGCAGCAGGGCUCUGAGCUGGCAGAACAGCUGAAGUUAAAAGCGAGUGAGAACAGCGCGUUGGGUCUGGAGCUGGACGAACUGCGCAAGCGCCUGGAAAUGGCUGACGUUAUGCUGCAGCAGUUCUCCAGUCAGUCCGGCGCUCCGUCUGAGCACCAACAGGUGCAACUACUCAUGGAAGAAAAGCAUCAGCUUGAGGUUCACACCGCCCAGCUCGUGGAGUCGGUGGCGCAGCUACAGAGAGAGCGAGACCAGUACGCUGAACAGAUUCAGGAAGAGGGACGAAUCUGGAAAGACAAAACCGAGCAACUUCUCGCUCAGGUGAAUCUGAUGUCACAGGAGAGGGAAAGGAGCGCCGCUCAGAUCCAGGAGCUGCAGGAACAGAUCACGGAGCUGAAAAAAGCAGCAGUUUUGGUGUCUCAGGAACAGGAGAGCCUGGCCACGUCUCAAUCCACAGGACCCUCGGAGAAGGAGCUGGACCUGCAGGAGAGCAUCCACACCCUGCAGCAGGAGAGAGACGCUCUUAGCAUGCAGUACCAAGCGCAGGUUCGGGAUAACGAGCAGCUGAGCCGGUUGGUGCAGGAGCAGGAGACGCGGCUGGAGGAGCUGGAGACGCAGGCGCAGCGCGCGGCCGAGGAGGCUCACGACAAACUGCGCAUCCUGGAGGACGUUCAGAGCGACAAGGCCACCAUCAGCCGAGCCCUCGCUCAGAACCGCGAGCUCAAAGACCAGCUGGCUGAGCUGCAGAACGGCUUCGUCAAGCUGACUAACGAGAAUAUGGAGCUCACUAGCGCUCUGCAGUCGGAGCAGCAUGUGAAAAAAGAGAUCGCUCGUAAGAUGGGCCAGCUGCAGGAGGAUCUCCAUAAUGCCAAAGAGCAGAUGACCGAGCGGAUCCAGGAGUGUUCGGCUCUCCAGGAGCAGAGGGAUCAGUACCUGGCCCACCUGCAGCAAUACUCGUCUGGUUACCAGCAGUUACUUUCUGAACGGGAGCAGCUUCAUAAGCAGUUCCUGCACCAGACGCAGCUGAUGGACCGACUGCAGCACGAUGAAGUGCAGGGCAAAGUGCAGCUAGAGCAGAGCCAUUUGCAGCUGCAGGAGGCCCAGGAGAGACUAGACCAGCUGGCCAGGGAUAACGAGCAGCUUAAAACAGAGGUUCAGGAGCUUCUGAAUAGCUCUUCUUUAAAUACAUCACUCAGGGAUCAGGGUGACGGAGUGGAAAGUAGUUCCCUACCAGAAACCUUCCAGAAAUCAACCAUAGCCAUCCCAGAGGACUUCGAGAGCAAAGAGGAAAUGGAGGAGUUUCUGCACUCGGCUCUGUCUCGUCUUGAAGACGAACGGGAUGAAAUCAUGCGCAGGUUAGAAGAGGAGAGGAGGUUACACCAGGCUGCAAUGCACCAAGUGGCCAGUAUGCGACACGAGCAUCAUCACCACAGCACAGGUUCUGAAACAGGAAGUACAGAUAGUGUUCCUGUGGAGGUACACGAGGGACUUCGGGGUGCCAUGGAGAAGCUCCAGGAGAGAUUCACCAGCUUAAUGCAGGAGAAGGCAGACUUGAAGGAGAGAGUGGAGGAGCUGGAGCAUCGCUGCAUUCAGCUGUCUGGAGAAACCGAUACGAUCGGCGAGUACAUUGCACUAUAUCAAAACCAGAGAGCGAUUAUGAAGCAGAGGCACAUUGAGAAGGAGGAGUACAUUAGCAGGCUGGCGAGAGACAAAGAGGAGAUGAAGACGAAGUUGUCAGAGCUGCAGGAUCUAGUGAUGCGUCUCGUCGGGGAGAGGAACGAGUGGUACACCCGCUACAUGAGUGCCAUCAAUAAUCCUGACUUUAUGCCAGCUGGAGAGGACGCUGUCCCGUCUGCAGAGACGCAUCUGGAGCUGGAUGCUGUGGAUGGGCCUGUAUCUAUGGAGAUGAGCACGGCUGUCGCUGUGGAUCCAGAAAUGCAGACGAGAACAGACGAAGAAGGCCCACAGGAUCGACUCGACCCCCCUGUCGGAUCGUCACUGAGGCCCAGAGAGGACGGCACGGCUCGGCAGAUCAUGCAGCUCAUCCAGGAGAUGCAGGGCCCUGAAACGCAGCCGCCGCCGUUCAUCGGAGAGAACCCUUGCAUCCCGUUCUUCUACAAGCCUGACGAGAACGAUGAAGUCAAGAUCAUGGUGAUCUGAAAGCCUCUCCUUAAGCGCACUUGAUGGAAAGAAGACCUCCCGCUUCCCCCCCUUUCUCUCUCUUUCUCUCUCUAUCUCUCUGUCGCCUUUUUUGCACAGAUAAACGUUAAGACUCGCAUGAUGUAACUGGAGUUGAGUGUGUGGGCAUUCAGUGUUUAUAUUUACACUUGUUUCCGAAGGUUCUGGUGUUGGGUGUGAAGGCUUCUUUAUCUCUAUGAGCUCUUUCAGUUUCCUUAGUUGAUAACGGUUUAUUCGUUAUAAGAAUAUCGCAAAAAGCUUUUAUAUAAACCUAAAUCUAACCCGAGAUCCAGGGGUUGACGUUGCUCUAUCUUCUAUAUGCUUUUAUUGGGUUCCACUUUUUUAUAUUUUAAUCCCCCUGAACAUUCAGUGCAAUAGAGAGGUGUCUGACCCACAAUGCCGGGAAUGUAAAAAAAUUAUCACGUUCCCGUUCUCGUCUACGAAAUUUAAUCUGCCAGCCUGCUGUUUGUCCGCUUCGCAUUCACAAUCUUUUUGGUUUAUUUAAAGGUAAAUGAACUAUGCAGAAUUUUUGCUUAUGUGAAAGACUAAAAUAAAAUAUCUUCAUCGAUUAUAGACUUGGGCCUCCAGGUCGACAUGAACAAUUUUAGAAAUUUCACUUCAGCUCCUCCAUUCUUGACUUUUCUCACAUGGAGACAUACAAAUACAGGUGAAGCUACUCUAAAAAAAACGAUAAAAACGUAGCGUAAGUAAAGGUUUGGUCAGGCAUCCUGCACGUACAAAGGAGGUAUUAUGUAAAAUGUCGAAAGCGUGGUUAGUGUUAACUGGAGUAUUCAGUUUUUUGUUACAGUAUGUUGAAAGAGUAUUGGAUUUAAAGGGUCCGGCAAGUUGUAUAGAGCACAAGAUUGUGCGCAAAAGUUACAGGAAAUAUUCACGUUCAUUCGGAUCAGUUUUGUCCUCAGAAAAAGAUUGAAACUAAGAAGAACAAAUUAAAAUCUAAAACACACCCCUCACACUCAGAGCUCAGAGCUCGCUUGGAGUGUGUGUGUCAUUCCAAAGUCCCACACAUGUUAAGUGUGUGGACAUGCUCUAAAAUAGCUGCUUUUAUUGUGCAAGUGUGUGAAGACGGUGUGCAGUGAAGUGGUGAACUCUAUGAUGCCUGGUGCGUUUCGGGUGGCUGAGAGUUUCAAGGCUUGAAAGAUAGAUGAGGAAACGUCUAAAGUUGUAAAAUUUUUGUGUGUGUAUAUACAUAGCCCUUUGUACCAUUUGUAGUUGUGUGGAGAGGUUUACAGAAAGACGAGCACAGCCUCCGAUCCGGUUUGAGAUGAGCGACAUGUACCGCGCUGAUGCACUAAAACUUGUAAUUAAACAAUAAGAAGAACUGGAAGUGUGUUGAACGUGUGGAAGCAUUGAGACAGACUUGAGCUACAACCAAGCACUUUGAUCUUUAUCUCCCCUGGUGUGUGUGUGUGUGUGUGUGUGUGUGUGUGUGUGUGUGUUUCGAAAGUGAAUGUACAGAAUGAAACGGACAAGUUUCCUUGAGGGGUCUCCAUUUCUUUCUCCUUUUUUUUAUACAUUUCCUUUUCUAUAGUUUGAAAAUGCGCUCGUCUUCCUGCGCAGCCAACACCCCACUAGAAAGAAAAAAAAACCUUUCUAAUCUUUUCUGAUUGACAAGUGAGAGGAUUAUGUAUGGCGCUUGUAAUACACGUGUAAAUAGUGUAACUGUGUAACAUACUGUAUAUUUAAACUGGUGUGUGGGAAAUGGAUAUGAAUUUAAAAUUUAAAACUAUUAGUACCUGCCUACUGUAGAAGAAAAAAAGAAUAGAUGCUUGAAGACAAUGCAAGUGGGCAGGCUGAAGAAGUGGGUGUGGUGUCUGAUUUAAUGAUUACAAGGUAAAUGGAAAUAAUAUUUAUUUGGAAUAUGUACUUACACUAAACUUCUAAUUCAACACAAUGAAGGAGUAAUAAGAAAAUCAAAGUUGAUUCAGAUUUAGUUUGUUUUUUUUUCCUUAAGCUUUUUUUUUUUUUUUUUUUUUUGGUUCCUGCUAAAUAAACCUGGGCAAUUAAGA